AUGUGCUACAUGCCAUAUAAUAUCGCUAUACUGGCGCCACUGGCCCGCUCUCUGCAUCGAUCAUUGUUUACAGCGUCAGAGCCGUUGACCAAGGUCCAGACUGAACUCGCCGUGCUGAUUGUGGGUCUUGACACUGUCGAGACUGUCUCACUCGUUUCCGGCUCGAGCGAUGUCGAUACUUCUAUUGGAAAAGCACUACAGGGCUGCGACGAGGUCCUCUUCGCAUUGCGGAAAUUCUACCGCCAGCAUCACGCCAUCUGGCCCCCACAGACUGGCCGGGAAUUGACAGACGAAGCUCUUAAGGAACUGGCGGAGAUACAAGAGAGACUCGCAGUCUAUUCCAAUGCUCUUAACACGCACAAUGCGAAUAUUAUCAGGUAA